GUACGUGUCGGAAAGAAGCGACGUAUGCAGAUAAACGACAAAAACAGAUAAAUGCCAUUUACGUUGAUGAUGAUUACGAAGCUGAGGAAUGGUUAGAUAUACGGCUCACCGGCACUUACAUUCGAUUUGGAAAGAAACUAUUUGAUGAUGCUGUAUCACGGCUCUUAAACUAUAUCCCAAAAUCAAAUGAGAGUCUGAUUGCGUUAGUUCCUCAAAUUAUUCAGCAUGAAGUUACAUCUCAAUCUCCAAUUGUUCAACAACCAAGUGAACAAAAGGAACAACAAUCUACUACAUCUCUCAUGAAUAAACCGGUACAAAAUUGGACUAAACAAGAUAUUGAUGCCUGGUUUAACGAACACCAUUUAUUACCGCAGCUCUAUUCAUUGUACUCUUUUGAGGAUGGUGCAGAGUUAUACGAAUAUGCUACGGCGUUUAAUGAUAAUAUAUUAGACGCAAAAAAUAAAAAAUUAAAAUAUGAAAAUUUAUGUGCGUCUAUAAAAUCACAAUUUGGCGUCAGAUUUGAAGACUAUCAUUAUGCUAAACUUGUGACUUCGAUGAAAAAGCUCAUUACUGAUAAUUCGCAAGCCAAUUUUCUCCGUGAUAAUCCGUCAUCUGUCUGA